UGCGCCGAGUUGGCCGUCGCCGUACUGUCUGUUGCUGGGAGGAGGCGAGAGGUGGGGUUGCUGGGGCAAAGAUCAUGCAGGACAGCGCGAGGUUUCCUGGGCAGCAGAGGCCGCUAGGCUGGGGAUGAGAGAAGUGGGGCAGAUGCAAAAUCUGGAGAGCGCGGGGGCCGGACGGUCAGUCAGCACCCAGACGGGCAGCAUGACCGGUGAAAUACCAAGGCUUUCUAAAGUCAACCUUUUCACUCUGCUCAGUCUCUGGAUGGAACUCUUCCCAGCGGUGAAAACCCAAAGACAGAAAUCUCAGGAAAAGGAGGAAGGAAAGCAUGGACCCUUAGGAGACAAUGAAGAGAUGGCCAGAGUAUCUGCUGACAAAAAACAGGUGAAGAAAACUGGUCUUGUGGUGGUGAAAAAUAUGAAAAUUGUUGGUCUCCACUGUUCAAGUGAAGAUUUACAUGCUGGGAAAAUUGCUCUGAUAAAACAUGGGUCAAAGCUGAAAAACUGUGAUCUGUAUUUUUCCAGAAAGCCAUGUUCUGCUUGUUUGAAAAUGAUUGUAAAUGCUGGAGUUAAUAGAAUUUCAUAUUGGCCUGCUGACCCAGAAAUAAGUUUGCUCACUGAGGCUUCUGGUUUCGAAGAUGCAAAGUUAGAUGCCAAAGCAGUGGAAAGACUGAAGUCAAACAGUCGGGCCCACGUGUGUGUCUUACUUCAGCCUGUGGUGUGUUACAUGGUGCAGUUUGUAGAGGAGACCUCUUACAAAUGUGACUUUAUUCAAAAAAUUUCCAAAACAUUGCCAGACACUAACUUUGAUUUUUAUUCUGAAUGUAAACAAGAGAGAAUAAAAGAAUAUGAAAUGAUAUUUUUGGUUUCCAAUGAAGAAAUGCAUAAGCAAAUACUGAUGACUAUAGGUUUGGAGAACUUGUGUGAGAAUCCGUACUUUAGCAAUCUAAGGCAGAACAUGAAAGACCUUGUCCUUCUCCUGGCCGCAGUAGCUUCCAGCGUGCCCAACUUUAAACACUACGGAUUUUAUUGUGGCAACACCGAACACAGUAAUGAAAUUCACAAUCAAAGUUUGCCACAAGAAAUUGCAAGGCACUGCAUGAUUCAGGCCAGGUUACUGGCAUAUCGAACUGAGGAUCAUAAAACAGGAGUCGGGGCAGUCAUCUGGGCAGAAGGAAAAUCUAGAAGUUGUGAUGGGACAGGCGCCAUGUACUUCAUAGGAUGCGGUUAUAAUGCUUUUCCUGUUGGAUCCGAGUAUGCUGACUUCCCGCACAUGGAUGACAAGCAGAAAGACAGAGAAAUAAGGAAAUUCAGAUACAUCGUGCAUGCGGAACAGAAUGCCUUAACAUUUAGGUGUCAAGAAAUAAAACCAGAAGAAAAAAGUAUGAUUUUUGUGACCAAGUGCCCUUGUGAUGAAUGUGUACCCUUAAUUAAAGGUGCAGGCAUAACACAAAUCUAUGCAGGGGAUGUAGAUGUUGGAAAAAAGAAGGCAGACAUCUCUUACAUGAGAUUUGGGGAACUUGAAGGUGUCAGCAAAUUUACAUGGCAACUGAAUCCAUCAAGAACUGGUGUUCUUGAGCAAAAUGAGCCUGAAGGCAGAGAGAAUGGCGUGUUGGGACCCGUACCCCUGGAGGAAGAACCGCACCAGAACAAGAAGCUGCGUCUUUCAAACCACUAAGAAGUCUUGUCUGAACGAGGGCUGAAGGCCUCAAGAAUUUUUAUUGCACUUUUAAAAUCCAGUCUUGUUAACUCAGAAAAUAAGAAUGGAUUUUGUAAAUAGUUGAAAAAAAUUUUUAAAGGAAGCUAAUUUAUUAUUAGCAUACAAAUGAUACUAAUAUUUUUAUUUAGAUUUAUUUGUAUGUUUUCCAGAGUACAGUGGUGUGUUCUUUUCUUACACUGAAGGAAGUGUCAAUCAUUUCAUGAGACCAGUUCAGUUGGCUACAGGGAUUGAUUUCUCCUGGUCUUAGCUUUAGGGGAUCCAGUCUGAAAGGGGCUGGUUCAUUGGAGGUUCUCAUCUCAGCAGAGAAGUACACACCUUUUCAGAAAUAUUAAUCCCUUUGGAUUAUGAAGGUGAUAAUUAGUAAUCUACUCCAGGGAAAUGAACAGCAACCUGACCAUUUUUAUGUCAAUGUGUGACUUACCAAAAGGCCCCAUUUAUACCCAAAGCUUUCUGGUAAUCAGAAUUUACUUGAUUAGCAUGGAGUCAUAAAAAUGAAUUUGGUGGACCUGGGCUCCAUCAUGAAAGUGUGUUCCUAACAAGGUUAUUCAUUUUUUUCAGUCUUUCAGUAUGUAAAAAUCAUCAUCACUUGUUGGACUCUGGUAUUACAUCACUGGUUCGGGGUAGCAAUAGGAAGAUAGCUUUAUUCUCAGACAAUAUUAUUCUCUGAUCUCACUGACUCUUGAAACCACUAACAAGAGAAGAAAUAUUUGAGUCUGGAAUUCCAUUCAUAAAUGCUGCCCAUUAUCCCCUCCAUAUAAUUAGCAGAGAGCAUUUCAGGGCUUUGAAUGGAAGGCCUUACAAAAACAUUUGCAAACCAUAAGAAUACUGAAAGUCUUGCUGGUAAACAUGAUGGUCAGUUCAGUUAUUUUCCAAAUUGCUCUUCAUGAGUCCUCUCAUUUUUUAUUUGUUGAGGAAAAUUUCAGAAGAUUAGCCCAAAGAUGAAGGCACAGGCUUUGUACUUCCCUGGAGAUAGGGAGGGAGCCGCAUGGCCGAUGGCCCGCAGGCAGGCCUGGGGUGUGACGUGCUCUGUGCAGGGAGUCAGCUUCAGCUCUGCUGUCGCCCACUUUCUUCCCAGGGUGUCUCAGAUCCUCACAGGGCCUCCUGCCAGCCUCAGGAGGGUGCACAGGACAACCCGCACGUGGACUGGUGCCCCUGUUUGGACAGCAGCCCGCUCAGCCUGUGUGUGUGUGUAAAUUUUUUUUUUUUUAACUGCUAAAUCUAGUGCCUGCAACAGUGUCUAGCACAUAACAGGCAUUCAAUAAAUAUUUGUUGACUGAAUGACUGCUGGACACUGGCUAGACCCUGGAGAUGAGACGUGUAAGAAAUGCUCCCUGACCUCAAGAAGCUUGCAGUCUAGUGACAGAUGUAAGCGUAAAGUCACGUAUUAAUGACAGUGCUUCUCAGACCGGGGUCCCUGGACCAACAGCGUUAGCCUCAUCUGGGGACUUGUUAGAAGUGCUCAUUGUUAAUCCCUAACCCAGACCUGUUGAAUCAAACUCCGGGGCUGGGGCCAGCAUUCCCUCAAGGUGACUCUGAGGACCUUCAAGGUUGAGAACUGCCCUGUGGAUGCAACUGAAGGAACAGUGGUAGAAGGAACACCCAAGAGGACAGGCAGACACUCGGGUGAGUCACAGAAGAAGGGCCUGUAGAAGUGGAGGCCCUGAAGGGGCUGCAGGGAGUAGUCAGGGGAACAGUGAGGGUGAGAUGAACAUCUGAGAAAGUAAUGGAGAUGGGUGGUCACCCUGGGAAGUAGGAAAGGGAAGGGAAGUAGGAAAGGGAAGCAACUGGGAACUCACGCAAAGAUUGCUAUCCUGUACCAGGAGCCCCCUGGGGCAGCUGCUGCUGCUGCUGCUAAGUCGCUUCAGUCGUGUCAGACUCUGUGCGACCCAUAGACGGUAACCCACCAGGCUCCCCCGUCCCCGGGAUUCUCCAGGCAAGAACACUGGAGUGGGCUGCCAUUUCCUUCUCCAGUGCAUGAAAGUGAAAAGUGAAAGUGAAGUCGCUCAGUCCUGUCCAACUUCUAGCAACCCCAUGGACUGCAGCCUACCAGGCUCCUCCGUCCAUGGGAUGUUUCAGGCAAGAGUACUGGAGUGGGGUGCCAUUGCCUUCUCCGCCUGGGACAGCAGUACUGCCUAAAACCUAGUCACCCACAGUCAAGAGGGCUCACCCCUCAGGCUGAGAAAUCGGAACUUGCCCUUAAAAAUACAUCAUCAUUAAUUUCAAAGACUGGAAAGACGAUAGUAAAUGCAUACUUUGAAAAAGAGCUCUGCAUUUGUUUACUGCCAAGGACAACAGCUGUGCCGACUGGAGGUGGGGUGAGUGCGGGCCUGGCUCGGCCCUCGGCUGUCAGUGGGGUGUAUGAAGGUUUACCUGUAUCAGAUCACUGCCAACGCUUUUUCUUUUAUUCGGCUUUUCCAUGGGUUUCUCUUCCUCAGUUACUUAAUGAGUUUGAGAAUACACCUUCUCGUAAAUCUUUCUCGGUUUAUGCAUGAACAGUUGAGCUUUCAGAUCUACCACAGCAGUCUGCUUUUAACCCACUUUAGAGCUAUGUUUUGAAGUUCUGGUAUUGCCAAGAGUGGCCACUUAGCAUUGAGCUGUGGCUAUUACUUCUGCUUCUUAAGGUCAAGGAACAGUUUAGAACCUUCAUUUCAUGUGUCAUAUUAAAGGGUUUUUCUGCGAUCAUUUAGAAUUAUUACAUAUUUUUUACAUAUAAGAAGAGUAAAAAGCCCUAUUAAUCAGUACCAGUUGAAAACAAGGCCUGUUUAAAAUGGAAUACCCUUUAGAAAUGCGUCCAUAAAAUGUGUUUACCCUAUUCAAUUACUGCACUUAAAGAGACUCAGAUUUCAAAGGAACUUAGAUCUCAUCUAUUUAGAAUACUCCUCUGCAGAACUGGAAGCACAAGUGUCCAGAAGGUGAAUGAUUUCUUAAAGUCUAGCUCAGGAUGUCACAAGGGCCUAAAUCAGUAUCGGCUUUGGUUUUUUUCUCUCUACAUUUUCAGUUUUGUUUUUAAUGUCAGUGCUCAUUUGUCCUGUACCUGUUGACGUAUUAGCUGAUUUUAACUUGUGUGUGACAGUAAUAAAAGACUUCUGUCAUUGUAAAUUAAGUCAUUUUUUAAGUAAAAUUACACCUACACAUUCUAAAUGAGCAAAAUAGAUCUAUAAACCUUUCUUUGAAACAGUAAAACCCACUCUGUCUUCUGUAUCACCCUUCCCCAGAGGCCACCAGGCUCAAGGCUUUUAGCUGAUUUACUUUGUAUUUGUCUCCAAAUCACAUGUUCCUUAAUAGUGUUUCAGUUUUAGGUAUUUUCUUUUGAAUUUCCAUCAUGGAAGGGCUUUCUUUCACCUCCCUCUCCUCUGCACACACUACCAUCUCUCCAUCCUCCCAAUAUUCUUUCAAUUUGGUUGCAUCAGUAUUCAUUGUUUGGUAUUAUGACUGUAAGUGCUACUCACAGCUUUAUCACGUUGUGUACUGUGAUGACUUUCUGUAUAAAAUGUAUUUUCAUGCAUUUCAAAUUUGUCUUUUCUACGCGGGGCUGUGGGGACAUUGAUUUUGUAUAUUUUAUUGCUAACCUGUAACCAAACUCUUCUGCCAGCUGUGUAACCUUCUCUCGGUAUUCAAGCACAUUGCUGCUGCUGCUAAGUCGCUUCAGUCAUGUCCGACUCUGUGCGACCCCAUAGACGGCAGCCCACCAGGCUCCCCCGUCCCUGGGAUUCUCCAGGCAAGAACACUGGAGUGGGUUGCCAUUUCCUCCAAUGCAUGAAAGUGAAAAGUGAAAGUGAAGUCGCUCAGUCGUGUCUGACUCUUAGCGACCCCAUGGAUUGCAGCCUACCAGGCUCCUCCGUCCAUGGGAUUUUCCAGGCAAGAGUACUGGAGUGGGGUGCCAUUGCCUUCUCCGAUUCAAGCACAUUGGGUGUCCUAAAAAGGUUUUCUUACUGAAGACGUCCCUCCCGGAGCUUCUGACCACCUCCAGCCUGGGCUGAUCAGUCACUGGACCUUCUGCACUGCUGUCUUCCCGGGUUCGCCCUCCUCGGCGCUCCUGGGAUGGGAGAGGGUGGGGACAGAGGCAUCCUCCACCUUCUUGAACUGGAACCCCCAGAAUCCAGACUUUUUCUCAGUUGGGCGGGCAUAUCUUUGAGAAGGUCCCUGAGAAAAGGUCAUGGUGGUGAGAUGACUGUCAGAACAGACUGUUGCUGGGAACAGUUUCAAUACUGUGAGUACCUGUGAAUGUCUUUAUUCUGCCCUCAAUUUAGAUAGUUUGUUGGGUGUAGAAUUCUAGGUUGGGAAUAACCGCCUCCCCCGACCCUGCCUCAGAAUUCUGAAGGCCCUGUUUCAUGAUCCUGGUUACACUGCUUGAAUGAGUUUCAAGGUUUGGGCUGUCAGUCAGACUCACCAGAUUCAAAGAGGGCCACCAGGCAACAUAUCUCGGGACAGUAUAGAGCAGAGCACAGCCUCAUGCACCACCGCACGUUCCCAGGCAGAGCGUCCGCCUGUCAUUACAGAGUCCUCUCUUCUGUCUGUCCUGAGCUUAUGUUUAAAACAAAGAAAACCAAGACUUCACUCUCAUUUUAUGAUUUCAGGGGCAUAAACAGAGGUAAAUUAAUGUUUGUUCACUCCUCCAUUUUCAUAUUUUCUGUAAUGUUUUGGCUUUAAGCAUGAAAUUCCUUUCCUGCAGUCAUUUUAUUUAUUUAUUUUUAUUUUUUUCCUGCAGUCAUUUUAAAUAAUUAAUGUAUUUAGUAUAAAUGGGCUCAGUUGCUUCAGUCGUGUCUAACUCUUUGCGACCCUAUGGACUGUAGCCCACCAGGCUCCUCAGUCCAUGGGAUUCUUCAGGCUCCUCUCUCCAUGGGAGUGGGUUGCCAUGCCUUCAUCCAGGGGACCUUCCCAACCCAGGGAUCGAACCCACAUCUCCUGCAUUGCAGGCAGAUUCUUUACCGCUGAAGCACCAGGGAAGCCCAUUUAGUACAAAUAGCCACCCCCUAAUAUUAUGUAUCUUUCCCCUGGGGAUAAGCCCCAGAGAUAUUGUGUCAGAGGAGUAUGUGUUCUUCUGAUGAGGGCUAUUUUUAGACGAUGAAGGUGAGGAAGGAAUACCUGAAAAAUAACAGAUUUUCUAAAAUACAAUCUUUGGGGAUAAAAAAUUAAAAUCUAUUCAAUACCA